AUGUUUGUGCAGUACUCACGCCAGCCUUCAUCUGCGGCUCUUCGGCGGUUGCAAGGUGCUUGCCGCGAGUCCGGCCAGAUGAAGGCUCGGACGCCGCACAAGGACCACCGAUGGUCUUUGCCCAACGUGGCCGUUUCCAGCAAGACGACAUCAAACAGCAACGACUGCACUCGUCCCCGCUCGAGCUCAGUGCUUCGGUCGAAACGGCCUAGCCGGAGGACGGCGAGCGCUGAGAUCCGCCUUGAAUUGAUGGCUGCUGCGACACGAGCGUCAUCGAGCACUGGCGGAGUUCCAAUCGAAGCCGUCGGCAGUGCGACCAAGUCCGACCGGACCUUGGCGUUGGCAGCGAAGAACCAGCGCUUCACUACGCCGGCAAUCUCUAACGACGAUCGAAAGGUUCUCCAGCAAGACCCUGUCGCCACGCGGGUUGGCUCGGUACCAGUGGCCCUCAAGGCCAUUCUCAGGGUAGGGUCGCAGCAGCAGCGCGAGAAGCUCGAAGACACAGAUGUCCCGGGAGUGGCGAGGGUCGCGGAAGAGUGCAUCGGGAUCGGGGCGCAAAAGCUGGCAUCGCCGAUGACCACCGUUUCCCGCGCCGUCCAAGAUCGCUUGAGACACACACCUGCCUGA